AAGGAAUAUCAAUUUUAAAAAUCAUAUUUACCAUUAGUGUAAAGUUGCAUUGAACAUGUUUUGGCGAGCGUUUCUACUUGGCUUGGUAAACUUUUGUCUGUCAUCAGAAAACCCGAUUCUGUCACCGCUUGUUAGUGAUGAAAUGGAAAACAACACUUUGGAAUUGACGUGUUAUGCUCCUCAAAACACAAUUUUUUCCAAAUGGGGUAUAGUCAACGAUGAAAACAAGUUUUCAUACAUGUUUUCUGGGCCAAAUGGGACUUGUACAACAGACGGGUUCCUUGCUGAAGAUCGAAAUUAUGAAAUAAGUUGUUAUAGUAAUGGCACCUUUAAAGUAAAAAUCAAACGGUUAACAGUCCGUCACCAUGGCCAAGGAUGGUAUUGUUUUGAUGAGUUUAAUAUGAGUAGUAUUGCAAAUAUCAAUGUUAAAGUUCCCAUCAAAUACGUGAAAAUUGGAAACAGUUCCGACAAUAUCAUAGAGACAGUAGAACAUGUGGAAACAACGUUAACAUGUGAGACAUCUGAAGGACGACCUGCUGCUGACAUUACUUGGACUAAAGUAUCUAAGACAGAAAUGAGAACAGAUCUUACACAUAAUGCCAAAUAUAAAGUAACUAAACUUAGAAAUGGUAUGCUACUUGCACAAAGCAGCAUUGAUUUGAAACCACUUCGAGGGGACAAUGAUACACGGAUAAUUUGUGAAUCAGCAAACGAAGUAUCAAAUAUAAUAAAAACUGAAGUAACACUUCAUGUCCAAUGUAAGUGCAAAUACGUGCUAUCCUCCUAG